GAGGAAGUGCGCUGUCACGAAACGCGUAAGACCUCAAGCUGUGUUUUUUUUGUCCCCUGGCUACGCACUCGGGGCAGGAGCACCCGGGUCAACAGGACUGUUUGAAACUCUUGUGUGUUUUGCAACUCAGCAAAGUGUUUUCUGUUCCGCGCUGAAUUUUUGCAAAUGGGAUCCCUGAUCAAAGUGCUUCUCUUGUGCUGUGCGACUCUGGAAAUCUAUGGAACAGAGGAUGCAAGGCCACUAUUGACGACAAAGUAUGGGCAGCUUCUUGGAAACACAGUUGGCGCAAAGGAAACAGAUAGAUUAGUUCAUGUUUUUAUGGGCGUCCCCUUUGCAAAGCCACCUAUCGGACCAUUAAGAUUUGAGUCUCCGCAGCCACCGGAGCCAUGGAGCUCUGUCAGGGAAGCCACAGCCGCUCCACCCAUGUGUUUACAAGAUAAAAGAGGAAUGGAAGCCCUUGCUAAAUAUUUCAAGGCAGAGUUUGAUUUUCCUCCAGUUUCAGAGGAUUGUUUGUACCUAAAUGUCUUCACUCCAGCAGACAGAGGAGAGAACCCAGAGCUCCCUGUCAUGGUGUUCAUACAUGGAGGAGGACUUACUAUGGGAGGAGCAUCCAUGUUUGAAGGCACUGCUUUAUGUGCCUAUGAAAAUGUUGUUGUGGUGUCAAUCCAGUAUAGACUUGGCAUUAUGGGAUUCUUUAGUUCUGGUGAUAAAGAAGUACGUGGGAACUUUGGAUUUCUGGAUCAGGUUGCAGCUUUACAAUGGGUUCGUGAUAAUAUUAAGGAUUUUGGAGGAAACCCACAGUCCGUUACAAUAUUUGGGGAAUCUGCAGGUGGCGGGAGUGUAUCUGCACAGGUAUUGUCCCCACUUUCUAAGGGGCUGUUCCACAAAGCCAUUGCUGAGAGUGGAGUUGCAAUAAUUCCUGGUUUCAUGAGCAGUAAAACCGAAGAGAUCCUUCCUGUUCUAUCUGUAGUUGCUAACAUAUCCUCCUGUAGUGUAUCGGAACUGGUAGGCUGUCUCAAAAAGAAAACAGAAGAUGAGAUUGUUGCGAUUACUGCAGCAAUGAAAUUUGUAAUGUUCCCUGCUGUUGUCGAUGGUGUGUUCCUUCCCAAACCUGCGGAGGAGAUCUUAGCUGCCAAGGAGAGCAAUCCAGUUCCUUUUCUGAUUGGUAUUAAUAACCAUGAAUUUGGCUGGAUGCUGCCAGUGGCUUUUAAUCUCACUGGAUACAGGGAAGGAAUGGAAAAGAAAGACAUUCAGGCAAUACUUGGUACUCUCCCUUUGUUGAAUAAGGUUCCCUUUGUUAUUCCUUUCAUCAUGGAAGAGUACUUUGGUGACACAGAUGAACCAAAAGAGUUAAGAAACAAUUUCUUGGAUCUAGCUGGGGACACUAUAUUUGUUAUUCCUGCCCUAAGAACAGCUAAAUAUCACCGAGAUUCGGGGUUUCCUGUUUACUUCUAUGAAUUUCAGCACCGCCCUUCAAUGUUUGCAGACUCAAAAGAUGAUUUUGUUAAAGCUGAUCACGGUGAUGAACUUUACUUUGUUGGUGGUGGCCCAUUCCUGAAAAGUGUCCUUCUUUUCAAAAGUAAUGCAACAGAGGAAGAGAAAAUCCUCAGUAAAACAAUAAUGAAAUAUUGGGCUAACUUCGCUAGAAAUGGGGAUCCCAAUGGUCUUGGUUUGGCUGAGUGGCCAAAAUAUGAUGAAGAUGAAGACUAUCUGGAAAUUAACUUGACACAGAAAUCAUCUCAAAGGUUAAAGGGAGGAAGAUUGAAAUUUUGGACCAUCACCCUUCCUGACAAAAUUAAAGAGUUGAUGGAAGAAAAAGGAGAACAUGUACAGCUAUAAGUUCCAUUAAUUAGGAUUUUGUGCUCUGCAAGUACUGUGGUACUGCUCUGGUAUGCCCCAUUCCCCCAUAGAUGCAUUUUUCCCAUAGUAAAACCCUACCUAACAGCACUGACAGAACUGUUUCAAACUGAGACAAACUACCUCCCUAAUGAGAAUGUUAUGUAAUACUAAUGGAAGAGCACUUAUUAAUUAGAAUGCAUUCCAUUGGUAUCCACCUUUGUUGCCCUUAAAGUAUAGUCAAUACUUCUGUUAAGGGAGAGUCAGUUGAACUUCGACACUGAGGGAUGCUAACAGGAAAUCCGUUUUUAGUUUUGCAUUGCCAGAUAACUUAUAUGAAAUAAAGUAUAAAUGAAGUUUA